CAUCACCAACACCCCCGCGAUAUCACACGAACGCAGCCUCGACUGAGUCAAAACAACUGACUGCAACGCAUCGAUCGAUCACAUACUUUACACCCGCGAGACAGAACGCGCCGUCCGCACAGGCGUAUCUUCACCAUGCCAAUCUCCAUACUCCCACCUAGCGCACCUCUCCCACCACGGCGCGAUGCGAAAGACGAAUACGACGACUCCGAUGUGGAAAUGGAAGACGAUGACUUCGCGACUUCUGGCUCGAAAUCGAUAGUAACACCCGGCGAACACAUAACCUCGGACCCUCAAUGGAUGCGCGGCCACGGCACUUACAUCCCAAGCCUCCCUCCCUCCUCCACCACGAUAAUAUCGACCGUCGCGGGUACCCUGCACAAGACCAACAAACUGCUCUCUGUUCAACCGUUGCGCGCCCGAUACCAACCCGAGAUAGGCGACUUGGUCGUAGGACGCAUAAUGACGGUUGGAACGAAGAAGUGGAAUGUGGACAUCGCAGCGCCAAUGCAUGCAAAUCUGCCUUUGUCAAGUAUAAACUUGCCCGGUGGAGUUUUGCGACGCAGGACGACGGUAGACGAACUGAACAUCCGGACAUUCUUCCAAGAAGGCGAUUUGCUCGUCGCCGAAGUGCAGAGUCUGCACCAAGACGGCACCGCAUCCCUCCAUACGCGAUCGCUCAAAUACGGAAAAUUGCGGAAUGGCUUGUUCACUAGUCUAAGUGGCGCAGGGGGUGGCAUACUGAGUCGCAAGGGUGGUGUAGUGAGGAGUAGACGGCAAGUGUUCACGCUGAACACCGCGGCAGGCGAGAUCGACAUUGUACUUGGUGUCAACGGAUACAUCUUCAUCAGCAAACAUAUCGCAACGAAUGCGGACCCGAAGGAGAUGGGUAUCAACAGGCUAGACGAAAGUGUGACCGAGACGCUGUACUCCAGCCAGAACGACGAGAUCGAGCCACCUGUUGUGCGGGAGAUUACCAGGGUCAGCACAUUGAUCAAGGGAUUAGUAGCAUGUGGCGCGAAGGUGGAUGAGGAUAUGAUCGUCAAGGUAUACGACGGUGCGGUUGAGCUUGAGGCAGAAGAGCAAAGUCUAGGUGGUGUGGAGAGGGGAAUUGGCGCCAAGGGUGUCGUAGAAGCUGUGCUUGGACGUCUGGAGGUGGAGGCUGCCGGCUGAGGCUAGACGAAGUUUGAGGCAUCCAAAAACAUUCAGAAGUAAAAGACAUCGGCAUGUCAUGCCGCUCAAGCGGCGGGUCUACGCGCCCUGACGGGUUGUAUCUGCCGACUUGUCAACGUGCAGCAGCAGCAAUCAUUGCGCUGUAACAUGUAGUCACUUGUCAGAAGUAUUCUGGCAACAGCACUCACGGAGCGCACAUAGAUCGCGCACGCCCAAGAGAAUCGUAAAGAUAGUCAAUCAUACAUUACUCAUUGUGCAGUGAAGACAUAUUACC